AUGAAAUAACCAACGAAUAUAUUUUGUUGAUGUAAAAAUAAAUUUGUCUUACCCUUGCCGAUUUUCCUAUUCGAUUUUCUUUAAAAUAGCGUAUAUCGGGAAUAAAUUUGAGAAUAUGAUUGCUCGGUUGUGGACAGACGACUUGCCCAAGUGCAGGAAUACCUGCGUCGCCUCCUAUUUCUCAAGAUUAGGCGGAAAUUCUAACACGAACGAUGACUACUUGGUUUUCUAUUGCCAAAUGGAUGAAAACUCAUGUUUGUACGGAGUAUUUGAACCUCACAAUGGGCUGGACGCGGCCAAGUUCAUUAUGCAGAGGAUGGCCGUGGAGAUUCUGUUUCCGACCACUUCGUCCAACAGCACCACCGAUGAGGAAAUACGGGAUAGGCUAAGGAAUGCAUUCGUGUCCGUGGAGAAGGCGUACAAUGAGAAUUACGACGCCAUGAUAGCGGAGCGCACCAGCUUACAAUACCAGCUGCAGACUACAGAUUCACAGAUGUCCCAAAACUCGAUACUCGCCCGUCUGAAAGAAAUCGACAAGCAUCUGUCAGGUGGCGCCACCGUCGUCAUAGCUCUGGUCCACAACGACAAGUUGUUCGUUGCGAACGUUGGCGAGACGAGGGCGCUACUGUGCAAGACUGAUGAUAACUCAGUGUUGCGGGUAUUACAGCUUACGGUGGAUCACAGUCUGAAUAAUGAGGAUGAGCUGUUGAGAUUGGCUCAGCUCGGACUGGACGUCGGCAAGCUUAGGAACUCGCAAUAUCUUGGCAACCAGACGGGCACUCGUUGUCUCGGCAAUUACCUAGUGAAGAGUUUGUACAAAGCCAUCCCCAGCAUCCGGGCGGCGGCCAGCGAGCCGGUGGUGGCCGCUCCAGAGAUCACAGGACCCAUUUUACUGGAUCACAGCUGCAGAUUCCUAGUAAUAGUCAGCGCUGGCGUAUACAAACGUAUUCAGGAAGCCCGCGGUAGUAGCGAACAGACGAACAAGCAGUUAGCACAAAUUAUAGUCGAACAAUUCCGGAAGCAAGACUUCAAAAAGGUCAGCCAAUCAGUUCUCGAAGAAAUCGAGGAAGAAUUCGUGUCUUAUUGCGUCAAAAACAACUUAACCCCAAAACCCAACACUCACAUGUCAUUGCUUAUAAGAAACUUAAACUUCCUACCGCCAAUUGAAGAAAGUUUGGCGCCAAAAAACAACGUGCGCUUCAAUCCUAUAGUGCAGUCGAAAUCGAAUAAUUCCGUCAACGAAAUCGAUGAUUACUCGUCUAGUAACAAUACCAACUCGAUUGUUGAUACGAAUCGAUCGUGCGAUUCGGAUUUCGAGCCAUAUGAGAGACCGCAAGAGGAUGAGAAUGGUAAAGUUAAGAGUUAUGUUGAUUUCUCUUGUUAUUACGAGAACGUUGCGAAGGCCAGGGCGAAUGGGAGUCUGCCGCCUUUUAUUGAGUAGAAAAUCUAUACUUAUAUUAUAAAUCUGAAGAGUUUGUUUGUUUGAACGCGCUUAUCUCAGGAACUACUGGUGUGAAUUGAAAAAUUAUUUUUGUGUUGAAUAGACCAUUUAUCGAGGUAGGCUUAAGGCUAUAUAACAUCACGCUGCAACUAUAAGGAGCAAAGAAAUAGUGUAAAAAUUGAAAAAAAAAAACGGGGCAAUUUAUUCAUCUGGAGGGCUUCAAUGAUGCCCAGAAUAACUA